UUUCAUGCUCAAUAAGCCUAAUCGUUCAUUUGCCAUGGCAUUCACACACUAUAUCCUUGUAAUCUUCUUAAUUCAACUCUUUUUCUCUGCCUCUCAUGCAUCUCUCUCCUCCGAUGAAAUUUGCAACUUCACCCCUUAUCCUAACUUGUGCAAAACUUUACUCCCUCAAAACAAUUCUAUUGACAUUUAUGACUCAGGAAGGCUCUCCAUUCAGCUUUCCCUUUCAACAGCCAGUCAGAUUCUUGACUUAAUUAAUGGUUUCCUCAAACCAAUUGGUCUAUUACUGCCUAAAAUCACCAUGUUUGCUUUCCAAGAUUGCCAGUUCCUCCUUGGCCAAAACGUCGACCUAUUAUCGGAUGCUGCUGCUUUUACUAAGAAACCGAAUAAUUCUCUUGAGAAUACAGAAGCUGAUGAUGUUGAGACCUGGCUUAGCGCAACUAUUACCAAUAAACAAAGUUGUUUGGAUGGUCUUCUAGUCACGCCUUCUAAUUUACAGGUUGCAAACCUGAUUACACCCUUAAUUUCUAAAGGUAGCAUGAUGUGCAGUGUAUCACUUGCACUUUUUAAGAAGGGGUGGAAUCCUGGUUCUGGUUUAGGGAAUGUCGUAAGUUGGAGUAUGUUUAAAAUUAGACAAAAGGUGGUGGUGAAUCCAGAUGGAACUGGGAACUAUACUACUAUCAAUGACGCGAUUGCAGGUGCCCCUAAUAAUAAUAGCCUAGCAUGGGAAGGCUAUUACCAGAUAUAUGUGGUUGCUGGUGUCUACCAUGAGUAUGUUAACAUUGCUUCAAACAAGAAGUAUCUGAUGAUGGUUGGUGAUGGCAUAAACAAGACUAUAAUCACUGGCAAUCGAAACAUGCAUGACGGAUGGACAACUUUCAAAUCUGCCACAUUUGCUGUAGAUGGGCGAGGAUUUGUGGCAAUGAAGAUUACCUUUAAGAACACAGCAGGAGCAGCAAAGUUCCAAGCAGUAGCUGUUCGGAAUAGUGCUGAUCUAUCCGCAUUCUACUCCUGCAGCUUUGAAGGGUACCAAGACACGCUUUACACGCAUUCACUGAGACAAUUCUACAAGAAAUGUAACAUAUAUGGGACUAUAGAUUUCAUUUUCGGAAAUGCAGCUGUUGUUUUCCAAAACUGCAACAUCUAUCCGCGUGUUCCAUUGCCCGGUCAGUUUAAUCCAAUUACAGCACAAGGCAGAUCAGACAUUAACCAAAACACAGGCAUAUCUUUUCAAAAAUGUACCAUUUCUCCCGCUCCUGACCUAGCCUCGUAUAAUGGCAGUUCUCCAGUACGGACAUAUCUAGGCAGGCCAUGGAAGGAAUAUUCGCGAACUGUUUAUAUGCAAUCAUUUAUGGACAGUUUUAUUCAUCCUGAUGGUUGGUCAAUUUGGGCAGGAGAUUUCGCACUGAGUAAAUUGUAUUAUGCUGAAUUUAAGAACAAAGGUCCAGGAUCGGAUACCAGUAACAGGGUCACAUGGCCUGGUUAUCAUGGUGAGAUUAGUUCCAACAAAGCAUCUCGUUUCACUGUCUCCAAUUUCAUAUUGGGGGAUUUUUGGCUGCCUUGGACUGGAGUCCCUUACACUGGUGGUUUAUAUUAAUUAUAAGCAAGAAAUUUUGUGUUCUAUAGCUAAUUCCAAGUGAUCACUCUUCUUCUUUGUUUAUUUGUUUGUCACUUUGUCACACGUAAUUUUUAUUAAUAAGUUAUAUUCAAGAAAAGAUGUCAGGUCAAUCAAA